UGGAUGCCCAGGUGCUCCUCCUUCCUGGUGAUCAGGAUUGAACACAGGCAGCGCAACAUGGACCUUACCAUGUGUUGGGUUUUCCUAUUUGUAAUUUUGAAAGGUGUCCAAGCAGAGGUGCAGCUGGUGGAGUCCGGGGGAGGCUUGGUGGCACCUGGGGGGUCCCUGAAACUCUCCUGUUUGGCUUCGGGAUUCACCUUCAGUGACUACUGGAUGCACUGGGUCCGCCAGGCUCCACGGAAGGGGCUGGAGUGGAUCUCGCACAUCAGUAGUGGUAGUAGUACCAUACGCUACGCAGACUCGGUUAAGGGCCGAUUCACCAUCUCCAGAGACAACAACAAGAACACGCUGUAUCUGGAAAUGAGCAGCCUGAGAACCGAGGACACGGCCGUGUAUUACUGUGCAAGAGACACAGUGAGGCGACCUCAGUGUGCGCCCACACACAAACCUCCCUGCAGGGGCGCGCUAGUCCAGCAGGCGGCGCUGUGGUCCAUGGAGAACCAGGCAGGGCCCCAGCAGCAGGUGCAGAGAAGGCAGCAGAGGGGUGUGCUGUCCCAGGUGCAGCUGCAGGAGUCAGGACCUGGCCUGGUGAAGCCUUCAGAGACCCUGUCCCUCACCUGCACAGUCUCUGGAUUCUCUUUAACUAGUUAUGGUGUAAGCUGUGUCCGUCAGCCUCCAGGGAAGGGACUGGAGUGGAUCUGUGUGAUAUGGAGUGGUGGAGGUCCUUUCCAUGGACAGUAA